CGUUGUGUCUUCUUCACUAGAGGUUUCUCGGCCUUCAAAUAAAGAGAUGGAUACGGAGAAGGUUUCUGGUAUGGAAGUUGUGGCUCCGGUUGUUGAGCAAGUGAGUGAUAAUGCGGAUGUUUCUAAGGAAUCUAAUCAAUGGGUUUAUGCUAGUAAGAAGCUGGCUAAACGUGAAGAGAAGAAGUUGUUCUCCAAGAAGCAGGGCAAAGGACUUAAUAGUCAAUCUCGACAGAGAUUUAUCAGAAGCUGGAUUACUAAAAAUAAGCCCCUAAUGGGUAGCAUUUUGGAGUCUCAUGUGUCUGCAGAGAACGCAGAUUUUGUUAUGCAGGCUACCUUUCCUGGUUGGAGGAAGUCUGAUAAUUAUGAGCUCGCAGAGAAUGGAAGAAUUUGGGUAGUAUGGGACCCCUCUGUAUCUGUUAUUGUCUUCCACAAGACAGCUCAGCUAAUGGUGUGUGGUGUUCUGGUCCCUGCAACAGGCGAGAGCUUCUCUGCUAUUUUUGUUUAUGGGUACAACACAGUGGUUCUGAGGAGAUCAUUGUGGGAUGAGAUGACGUCUAUUGUUCUUAAUUCUCCGGCGCGGUUCAGACCACUUUUGGUUCUUGGGGACUUUAAUCAGAUUGCCUCAUCUUCUGAGCACUUCUCUAUUCUUCCUCAUCCACUCCCACUGGCUGGUAUGGCUGAGUUAAAUAGCUGCUUGGAGAAUAAUGAAUUAUUUGAUCUUCCAAGCAGAGUUAUUGCUCAUCAGGGAACAAACGCAAUUAAGGUGUUAAGAGGUUUGGAUGAUGAAAGAGUCGAAAAUUCAGAUCAGAUUAAGGACAUGUUGGUGUCAUAUUUUCAGAAUCUGCUGGGUACUGAAAGUUCUGGUGUCACUCCUCUAUCUGUUGAUGACGUUAGAGAGGUGAUUUCUUUUAGAUGCUUGCCUGACCUAGCUUCUCAGCUUCUACAGAUUCCUUCAAGGGAUGAAGAAACAAUGGCUACCGGACAAAACAGAACAACUUUGCCAGAGAAUCUGAAGAAACACCUCGCGGUUUCAGUUCGAAACAUUCAAUGGAGUUAUGGUAUAUUUUGGUCUAUCUCUGCUUCUCAGUCUGGAGUAUUAGAAUGGGGAGAUGGAUAUUAUAAUGGAGAUAUCAAAACGAGGAAGACGAUUCAAGCUUCGGAGAUCAAAGCUGAUCAGCUUGGUCUACGGAGGAGCGAGCAACUUAGCGAGCUUUACGAGUCCCUUUCUGUCGCUGAAUCUUCUUCCUCCGGCGCAGCCGCCGGAUCUCAAGUAACUAGACGAGCUUCCGCCGCCGCACUUUCACCGGAAGAUCUAGCCGACACCGAGUGGUACUAUUUGGUUUGUAUGUCUUUCGUCUUCAACAUUGGUGAAGGAAUGCCUGGACGGACGUUUGCGAACGGUGAACCGAUAUGGUUGUGCAACGCUCAUACGGCGGAUAGUAAAGUCUUUAGCCGCUCUCUUCUAGCAAAAAGUGCUUCGGUUAAGACAGUGGUUUGCUUCCCGUUUCUUGGAGGAGUCGUUGAGAUUGGUACCACCGAACAUAUUACAGAAGACAUGAACGUAAUACAAUGCGUGAAGACAUCAUUCCUUGAAGCCCCUGAUCCUUACGCUACAAUAUUACCAACAAGAUCCGAUUAUCACAUGGACAACGUUCUCGAUCCGCAACAGAUUCUAGGCGACGAGAUUUACGCGCCUAUGUUCAGUUCGGAGCCUUUUCCAACAGCUUCUCCGAGCAGGACUACCAACGGUUUUGAUCCGGAACAUGAACAAGUAGCAGAAGAUCAUGAUUCGUUCAUGACCGAAAGAAUCACUGGAGGAGCUUCUCAGGUGCAAAGCUGGCAGCUUAUGGACGACGAGCUUAGUAACUGCGUUCACCAGUCGCUUAAUUCCAGCGAUUGCGUCUCUCAAACGUUUGUUGAAGGGGCGGGUGGACGGGUUUCUUACGGUGCAAGAAAGAGUAGGGUUCAAAGACUAGGGCAAAUUCAAGAGCAGCAAAGAAAUGUGAAGACGUUGUCAUUUGAUCCAAAAAACGACGACGUUCAUUACCAAAGUGUGAUCUCCACGAUUUUUAAGACCAACCAUCAGUUAAUUCUCGGACCGCAGUUUCGAAACUGCGAUAAGCAGUCAAGCUUCACGAGGUGGAAGAAAUCAUCGUCAUCAUCAUCAGGAACCGCCACGGUCACUGCACCAUCUCAAGGAAUGUUAAAGAAAAUUAUUUUCGAAGUUCCGCGAGUGCACCAGAAAGAGAAGUUAAUGUUGGACUCACCAGAGGCCAGAGAUGAAACCGGGAACCACGCGGUUUUAGAGAAGAAACGGCGCGAGAAAUUGAACGAACGGUUCAUGAUUUUGAGAUCAAUCAUUCCUUCAAUCAACAAGAUCGAUAAAGUAUCGAUUCUUGACGAUACGAUAGAGUAUCUUCAAGAACUCGAGAGACGGGUUCAAGAACUAGAAUCUUGCAGAGAAUCAACCGAUACAGAAACCCGUGGGACGAUGACGAUGAAGAGGAAGAAACCAUGCGAUGCAGGAGAAAGAACAUCAGCUAAUUGCACAAACAAUGAAACCGGAAAUGGGAAGAAAGUUUCGGUUAACAAUGUUGGUGAAGCCGAGCCAGCAGAUACCGGUUUUACCGGUUUAACCGAUAAUUUAAGGAUUGGUUCGUUCGGUAAUGAGGUGGUUAUUGAGCUUAGAUGUGCUUGGAGAGAAGGAGUAUUGCUUGAGAUAAUGGAUGUGAUUAGUGAUCUCAACUUGGAUUCUCAUUCGGUUCAAUCCUCGACCGGAGACGGUUUGCUCUGCUUAACCGUCAAUUGCAAGCACAAGGGGUCAAAAAUAGCGACACCAGGAAUGAUCAAAGAGGCACUUCAAAGGGUUGCAUGGAUCUGUUGAAGACUACUUAGUUAAAAUUGACAGAAAAGGAAAAGAAAUCCCGGUUUGGUUCCUAUUCUUUGGUAUUCUUCUAACCGGGUUUUAGGUAUUCAUGUAAAAUCAAAACCUUAUAUUUUG